AUGGAAUUAAAUAGUGAUUUUGAUCUAACAUUUCUCAAUGAUUCUGAUGAUGAUAAUGAUGAUUUUCUCAAUGAUUCUAUAUUCUCUGAGUUCAAAUCUAAACAUCUUGUAAAGCCAUCUGAUUUUCUCAAGUCAUCUUCUGAAUUACCUUGCCUUGAUAAACUCCCGCUGAAAUGUAUUCAUUCACCAAAUAAAACCACUCGUAUUUCAAAUAAAGAAAAAUUCAAGCAUUGUAAACUUCCUGGUCCAGCAGGUUUACUGCCAAAGCUUCAUGAACAUGGACAUCGUCAACGACAAAUAAUUGGACCAAAAUCAUCUAAAAAAAAAAAAGAUAAUACAGUAUCUAAUUUAAGUGAAUACUGUCUUUCGCCAUCAUUGUCUCAGAAUCAAUCACCUUCAAGUCAAAGUGAAGAAGCUGCUUUGCUAAGUAGACUACAAUUAGAAUGUGGUUCAUCUAUAUGGUCAGUUGUAGAAAAAUAUUCUGUUAGAGAAAUUUUAAAAAUGAUUACUUCUAAUCAAUUGCCAAAAGGUAAAGUUCCAAUAAUGUGUGGUUUUCUUGAUGAAGUUGAACUCAUGCCUACAGAUGCAAAAGCAUUGUUAAAAGACAAUACAGGAGUUUUAGCUUGCACAAUUCAUCGUUCAGUGAUCAAAGAAUAUAAAAACGAUUUGAGUUGUUGUUCCUUACUUCUGUUAAAACAGGUCACUAUUUUCAGUCCGACUGGCAAAAAGUUUUACGCCAAUAUAACUCUAUCAAAUGUUGUAAAAAUAUAUACUUCUGAAAAUACCUUUAUCACUUCAACAUCUGAUCAUAUGACAGCACCUCUAUCUUCACCAUUAUCUCUUCAGGAAGUGGAAACUUUGGAGGCAGACUGUUUAAGAGCUCCUUCACCGCCUUCAACACCACAAACAUCACAAGCAUGCCCAAUAUCUCCCAUCUUGAAACCUAUUAAUUCUUAUCGAAUACAACCACAAGUGAAUAAAUUUUCAUCGAGUUUAAAUGCAGAAUUAUCGAUUGUGAAGAAUUGUACACCGUCACAGUUACGUCCCAGUGGUUUAGGUUCCUUAUUAAAGUCUAAUUCAAUGUCAGUCAAUAAUAAAGUUCAAUCAAUCUGUGAUAAUAAUAAUAAUAAUAAUAAUAAUAAUAAUAAUAAUAAUAACAAUAGUUCAGAGAAAGAAAAUGUAAACCCAUUAUUAACAUUGAUGACUACUACCACUGCUACUCCUACUCCUACUCCUACUGCUAUCACAACAACUACUACCCCAUCUGAUACAAUCACAAUGAGAAAUGAUCUCUUUGAAGAUGACAUGGAUGAUUUAUUGUCGAGUAUAGCUGAUGACAUGCCCUGAGGUUGAGAGUACACACACAACACACUGAAUAUGAUGUUCAUUAUCUCUUUUCAUUGGUAUAUCAACAUACACAUUAAUUUCUCUCUCUCUCUUUAGAUGAUUAUACGGUUAUUAUUAUUGCAGUUACGUAAUUUUUGUUACUAAACUCGCUGUUUUUUUCCGUCUGAUUGUUUAAUUUUUGUACAUACAAUGAAAUUAUUAUUCGUCUUGAUGUAGAAGGCGCAUUUUACCAUACAUCGAUUUGUUAAAAUUGUUAUUAACUAAAUAUUAUGAAUAAAAAUUUGUACAUUAUAAAAGCUUGAUUUUUAAUUCUAUUCUGUUCAAUAUCAUCAUGCAUAGAAUGUGAUGAUGUUAUAUUGUGU